AAAAUAUACAGUUAAUUAAUUAUGGCCUACAGCUCAAAAGCUAAAUGACAAAAUCCAGCUAUGGCGAUUCUUUAAAACGGACGCCGCUGUAACUGGUUUAUACUAGCUACUAUAUAAUUAUAAAAAGAGAAGAAUGCAGAUGUUAGCCCACAGGCACAGCACGCAACGCAAACGGUGAGCGCACAGCACGCAGCAAACCAGAUCUCGGUCGCCCGCCGGCUCUCCAGACGGAGCGAGCCCGUUCCGUCGCCGUCACCCAGCGCGCCGAUGGAGCAGCAGAUGGUACCACUCUGUGUGAAGAGUGUGAAGCGAAAGAGGAAAAGGGUUGACCACAGCAAUAUUAUUCUAGCAUUACCAGCUAUAUAUCCAUUUCCACAAAAGAAAACGGUGGCAAGUGCUGCAGGAAAGAAAAGGGCAGCAACCAAGAAAAACACUACAGGAAGAAACAAGACGCGCAACAAGGCUGCACGUGCACCCAAGCAAGGACUGAGGAAAGGUAAAAGAAAGAAUGCUAAGGCUGCUCAUGCACCCAAUGACGAUGCACUAACGGAAGGACGUAUAGGUUCUGUAGACAUAUCAAAUGGUGCAAGCAAUGAACAUCCUGUCCAAGAGGAUCAAAAAGACCUCAUACGGCAACAACACAACUUCUCAAACACUGGAGACGACAUUAUUGUGGAUGAUCGUUCAGGUGAUGCAAAUGAACCAAAAAUUGUUAGCAAUGAACAAUAUAUUUCCGAUGAAGAAGCAGGCACAGUGCAGCUACCGAACCCUGCCAAACAAGACAUUCUGGAAGCGGAUUCUGCAGUGGAACAACCAUAUGUUAUCAACAACGAACAACAGAUUAUGGAGGAACAACCAGGUGUGGAGAACCAACAAAAUGUUGCAGUUAAUCAGCAACACAAACCAGACGAACAAGCAGGCAUAAUGCAAGAACAAAACAUUGGAAAUGCUUUAGAAGAAAAUGUGCCAGAGGAUCCUACAGGAGAAAGGUGGAGGAUGAAGACCCAAACUUUGGAAGGUAUAUAUGCCACAAGUACAAAGGGAAGAGCCUUCAAACCUCCUAGCAAUAUGCAUUGAGGUAGACAAUGUGUCACAUAGGUGGGCUUCAUGAGGAUUUUCACAUUGACGAUGCUUGAGCAAGCAGGAGGAGAUGAUGAUGUGUUUUUUAAUAGCUAGUCGACAGCUAGAUGGCCUUAGGGUUUAGUUCGGAUGGAUGGCCUAGAUUUGAUUCACAUUGAUACAUGAUACUUAUUCCAGACUACAAAAAACAUUACUAUAUGCGGUGUACGACAUGCAUAUCACCAUACUUUAUGGUGUUGUACUAAUACGAGUAAACGAUCAAUAACCUUCGCUGGAUGAAAUGGGCAUGGGAGUUGUGACA